CUCUCUCUCUCUCUGCCUCUCUCCCUCCCCGGGGCGGUCUCGCAUCGCAUGUCUGGCUACCCCCGCUCCGGAGCCCCAUCUCGCGCCAGCUCCUUCGCCGGCUCGCUUGCCUCGGCAGCGGCACCCGCCGACUCGCCGGCCGGGCCGCUCUUCGGGAAUGGCGUGCCGGCUCUUGAGCUGGCCCUUGGGUUUGCCCUCAGCCACCCGACCGGCGAGGGGCUCGGUCUGUCGGCCGCUUCGGUGGCCUACGCCCGGGCAUUGGCGGCCUCGGUGGAUUCGCCCUUCGCGCCGCCGGACCUGACACCGGACAUCUCGGCCGGGCACUACAUGCUGACGGUGUCGGCGGCCCGUGUGCCAUUGGACCCGGGCUCGGGCACUGGCCAUGGCGGGGCCCCCUCCACGAAGCUCGACCACUUCCGGUGGUUUUUGGUCGGCUUUACCGAGGUGGCGGCCGGGGCAUUUGACCCGCGCGCCGGGCCGGCCGGCUGGGUGGCCCUCAGCCGGGACUUCCUGACCACCAUCGAGGUGUGCUCGGUGAUGGCGGCUCUGCAGCAGCAGCCGGGGUCCGGGCCGGGGCACGAGGGGCUUCGCGUUUGCCCUGGCGCCCUGGCCCAAGACCCGGAGGUGUAUCUGCGCUUCCAGCUGCACGCCACGCCGACCGGCCAGAUGCCGGAUCGGCUGGUGGAGGUGCUGGGCGCACGGCCGGUCGGCCAGCGGGUGGCCCUCCUGUCGCCGGAGUCGGCCAGCGGGUCCGGUGCCCCGGUGGCCUCCUCCCGGGCCAGUGCCUUCCUCUCGCCGGUCGAGUCCGGCGGGGCGGCCGGGGUCCAGGCCCUGAACGCCGGGCUGCCGGCGUCGGUGCCCUGCCUGGCCGAGGCGGCCGUGCGGCUGAUCGACCUGCUGCUCUGGUCGCAGUGUGAUGCGUCGGCCACCGGGUCGGAUGACGGCGGUCUGCCACCCAUGAACACCUCGGGCCUGGGGCCUGGCUAUCCGGAGCAGGUGGCGCAAACCGCGCGCCUGGGCGCCGCCAGCAUUGCCCUGCGGGCGGACCCGCGGCACAUGCAUUCCCCCCUGGCGGCCGGGGGGCAGGUGGAGCUGUUUGUGUCCACCCGCCGGCCGGUUCUCCCGCGGCCGGAGCUCUACCGGGGCUCGGGCCUUGGGACCUCGGUCGAUGGGGGUGGCCCGGCAUCUGGGCCCCUGCGAAGCCUGCUCCCGGUGGCCGGGUGCCCGCUGCCCAGCCGGGUUCUCGGCCUGGGGACGCCCUGUUCGCGGGCGGCACGCUGCGCCGAGCCCCGGUGCACCUGCCUGCGCGGCAUGCUGGCCGUGUGUGGGGCCGCGUCGGCGGCCACCACCGGUGAUGCCCUGGCCCCGGAGGACCUGCUGCCCGGUGCCGGGCGCCUCCGGACCCUCCUGGCCCCCGGGCAUUGUGGCGUCACUCCCAGCAUCGCGGCCAUUCCCUGCACCCUGCCGGCCGUCUGCCCGGUGACUGGGGCCCAAUUCGGCGCCCACACGCAGACUUACCGCGCUGGGGCCGGCUCUGGCGGGACCCUGCGCAUUCGCGAGAUCCUUCACCAAUCGCCGCAUUGCUUCUCCGUGCCGGUGGCCCUGCUGGAGCACCUGUCGCACAUUGAGCACACGGCCGUUCAGUACUUCACCUCCUUCGGCCUGGCGGGUGCCGGCGAGCAGGCCGCCCUGCAGGAGGUCCUGUCACAGGUGAUCGACCAGCACACCAACCUGCUGGCCCUGUACCGGUCGGUGGUGUCCUCCUCGCGGGAGGGGCCCGCCAGUCUGGGCUUGCGGCCGGUUCCGGCCACCGACGCCGAGGACCUGGCCGGCGCCGGCCGCGGGGGGCUUGAGUUCCUCGGCCACUUGGCAGAUGAGGCGGCCCCCGGCGAUGGCACUGGCAGCGGCCAGGGGCAUGACCAUGGGCCCGGUGGCGUCGCCGCCACCGGCACCACCGUCGACGAUGACGCGGGCACCCCCCUAGCCAGGGAGGAUGGCGCGGCCUGCACGACGGCCCUCAUUCGCCCGGGGCUGAAUGGCGUCAAUCCGGUGGGCUUCCGGGCAUCCGUGCGCAAGAAUGAGCAGAUGCUCCAGUGCUUCCCGAUCAACCUCCAGCUGCAUGAGUGGCUGGUGGAGGGGGUCUCCCCGGGGGGGGCUGGCAAAUAUGGCGGCCUCAGCAGCAACACCAGCAUCGGUGACCUGGGCCCCGGGCUGGGCGGGGGCUUUGGUUUGGCGCGCUUGGGCCGGACGCUGAACCUCAGCAGCCUGGCCGAUGGCGACAGCACCGACGACCCGGCCGACGAGGAUGCCGACACCGACGACCCGGAGGAGGAGGCCGAGGAGCCCGCCGCCCCGGGGCCGGGGCUGCGCUCCUUCGGGGGGAGGUACUUUGCCGGGGGGGGUGGCCUGGCUGGCAGCCGGGGCGCCCCGUCCCUGGGGGGGGCGCCCCCGGCGGCCGGGCCCUCUGCCGGCUUGGCCGGCUACUUUGUGGUGACCUUCGGCGCGCCGGCGGCCCAUGGGCUGGGCUUCAAGAAGGGCGGCCUGCUGAGUCAGCUGCGUGCGGCCCAGCGCGGGCGUCGGGUUCUGCUGUCCCGGGCCCCGGUGGCUGUGUGGCGCGCCGUGGCGGCCGGCAGUCAGGGCUCCUCCUCCUCGUCCUCGUCCUCGGUGUCGGCGGCGGCGGCGGCCGGUGGUGCCCAGUCGGUGCCCGGGUCGCUGGAUGCCUGGCUGACGGAUCUCUUUAGCGAGUUCAACCUGCUGGAGCAUCCGGCGUCUUUGGCCGUCGAGGUGCCGACCCUGGGGGCGCUGGUGAGCGCGGCCCCGGGCGACUCGGCGAGCAGCCUGCUGGCGGAGUUCCUCUCGGCCGACGGCCGGCAGGUGGCUCCGCCGCAGCAAGUGGUCGAAGCGUCGGCUGCGCUGCGCAAUGCCGCCACCUCCUGCAGCGAUCUGCUGGGCGUGACACCGGACAUGGCAGCGGCGGCGGCGGCGGCAGCGGCGGCGGCGACAACCGCCCCCACGGGCCGGGCCGCCAGCACCACCGCCACCGAGCUGGCCCUGGCAGGCCGCGCCGCGGGUCCCCAGCACCGGCGGAGCCUCCUCCGGUCGGUGCUUUGGCUCUUUUCGUCCGGGUCGCCGGGUGCCGGCGAUUCGGCCACCGCCCGGCACUCCAAGCUCUUCUCCUUCCUGGACGAGUCCUUCGGCGGGGUCGCCGGGGGUGGGGAAUCGGGCGAGGGGCUCGCCUGGGGCCCGGGCCCUGGCGGCAUGGCGAUGCCGGCCGUCGGGGGGGCCGGCCUGGCCACCGGUCUUCGGUCUCUGACCCUCAAGCGCACCGAGCUGGCCAACACCCAGUCGGCGAUUGCACAUGCGCUGGCUGGUCUGCUGGCGCGCCUGGAGCAGGUGGCCGCCGAUCCGCGCCAGGGUCAGCGGAGCUCCCGGCCGCUGACCAAAUGCUGGCUCCUGGUGAUCGGUCUGCUGGAGCAUCUGUUUGAGGAGCUGGCUGUGCUCCCCUCCUGGACGGUGCACCUCCGGCCGCUGGCCGUGCGCCUGCUGGAGGAGGCUCUGCCCCAGUGCGCGCGAGUGCUGAACCUGCACCUGGCCCUGUGGCAUGUGCCGGCCAACGCCGCCGGGGUGUCCUUCAUGGCGCCAGACCGGCAGGCCGCCACGGUGACCCGGGCCCGGGAGGCAUUGGGUCGCGUGGGUGACCUGGCUGCGGCCCUGGCCGCCGGCGGGCGCCGGGCCGUCGAGGAGCUGCUGCUGCUGGUGGCCGUGCGUGGCGAGCCGGAGAUUUGGCUCGGCGCCGGGCAUGCGGUGCAAUUGUCCUCGCUGCCUGGGGGCCCGGUGGAUGCCGGGGAGCCGGUGACCGCGCGAGUGCGCAUGGGACCGGUGCCGGCCGUGCCGGCUGCCCCUCGGGGCUACCUCCACGGGGAGAUGCUGCAAUACCGGCUGGACUGCUGCCUGAGUCAGGCCCUGGCGGCCCUGGUGACCUCCUUCACCACGUUCCUCUCGCGCAACCUCAGCAAUCGCCUGGUGCUGGCCCAACUCGGUGAAAUUGGCUACCUGGCCCAGUUCGAAUGCCUCCUGAGCACGGCCGGCUCGGAGAAGGACAUGAUCGAAGACAUGUUUGUGGCGGUGAUGUCCCUCGGCCGCGUCCGACUGAAGCUAGUCCCGGCCGGCUGCCCGUGCGGCGAGUCGGCUCUGCAUGGCGGGCGCUUCCGCCGGUCGAGCCAUGUGUACUUCGAGGGGCCGCGCGACCAGCUGACCGUGCUGGUCCCGCUGUCGACCGAGCUGUAUGAUGCCCUGCCGGCGGCAUUGCAGCACCGGCCACUGUGCCAGGUGUGUGGCAGCGGGUCGCCCUUCCGGGGGGAGUGCCGCGCGGCGGCCGACGCCGGGCGAAUGGCCCCGGCCCGUGGCGGCCCCUCGGACGCCUGGGUCUGCGCCCACCGUGGCGCGGCCUGCCUCGGGCAGACGCACUGCCAGCAGGGGGCCCUGCCAUUUGUGGGAUCCCCCUACCGCGCGGCGGCGGGCGACAGCCCGGACGGCGGGGGGAUCGCCAUCUGGCCGGUGAUGUUCUCGCAAGGGGUCAACAGUGUGCAACUGCUGGCCAACCAGUUCGGCGACACCACCCUCCAGGGCCGCAUCAAUGCCACCAGCCUUCGGCAGCUGACCCGGUACCAGCGCCUGUUUGAUGGGCUGCUGAGCACGGUGCUGGACUUUGACGGUGACGCCGGCGAGUUGGUCCGCGGGCGCUUUGGCCUGCGCCUGGAGCAUCUCGACCGGGCGGGGAUCGACGCGCGGCGUCGGCCCCUUGGAGCCCUGCUCGCGGCCCUGCGGGGCCUGAUGACUGAUGCCCCUCUGGAAGAGGACGUCGACGCCCCGGCCGGCGCGAGUGCUGGCCUUGCCGACCUGGACGCGGAGGGGUCGCCGGCCGGCGCCACGGCCGCCGGGACGCUGGCCAGCCCCGCCGCCGCCGCCGCCGCCGCCGCCGCCUCCCUGGGCCCGGAUCCGGAGUAUCUGGCGCCUCUGAGCACCGGUCCAGAGGUCGAGGACAGCACGUCGGCCAACUUGGCCCCGGGGGCGGCCGGUGGCCCGGUGGCCUCGGCUGCCCCCGCCGGCGGGAGCCUCUUCAAGUCGGAGUUCCGAUCCGUGGCCCGGGCCCUGGAGACCCUGCUGCUGGCCGAGCGCAUCACCGAGCUCCUGAAUGGGGGCCGGUUUACCUCGUGCAAGUCGGCCAAGGACCGGUCCUCCAUGUCGGUGACCCUCGAACUGGCCCUGUCGCUGGUGUACCACCACCGGUUGGACUUGGGCCCGGGGGGCUUGGCGUCGGUCGGGGCCCCCGGCGAGGCGGGCUCCUCGUUGCUGGCCGCCUCGCGCCCCGGGGCCCCGGUCACCUUGAACCUCGAGGCCCUGGUGGCCGGGGGCGUGGCGCCAGCCGGCGACUUUGAGCAUCUGCGCGACGCGCUUCGGCUCUUUUCCGGCACCCGCCUGACCAAUGUCUGGGUCAACACCGGGACUCCGUGCUUUGCCUUCAAUGUCCUCCAGCAGGUGGGCCUGCCUCGGCUGUACCGGCCGCCCCCGGGGACUGCCGGCUCCAACCGGACCUGA